UUGACAGUAGUAGUCACUGGUCCCUGGCGGUCGUCCUUCAACAGUUUGGUGUUUUGGACAGAGUAUUUUUAAUAAGUUUGUUUAUACUCUAUCCGUUUUUCACGGUUGGAUGAUGUGGGACUGCGAGAAGUCGUGUGCAGCAGAGGCACACGGUGACCUCCUGACUACUGCAGUCGCCGUUGCUGCAGAACGUUCUCUCGCUGACAGCCAGAUCGCCUCCUUCCUCUACAGGACCUGCAAGAACUUCCCCAGAGUGAAUGAUUCAUGUGGAAAGAAUACAUUACACAUGGCCGCAUCAUGUGGGAUGACAGAACUAUGUGAGUGGUUGAUAACCGCCGGGGCCGAUCCUAACUGCAAGGACUCUGAGUCAGGCUGCACACCUUUGCAUCGCAGUAUAUACCAUGGCCAUAUUGACACUGCUGUCAGACUGUUGAAAUAUAGAGCCGACCUUGACAUAAUGAACAAUGAAGGCCUCACGCCUCUCGACAUGCUGAGCAUGGAUGUAGUGCGCAACAUCUCGCUUAUCCCUAUCAUGCCCUGUCAGGUGUACGUUUGGGGUACAAACUUGAACUACACGCUCGGAACAGGAACAGACGAUCAUAAAAAAAUACCAGAAUGCCAUGAAUUUUUCAAACGAAAUUUUACUUCAAUUAAACAGGUAUGCAUGGAUGAGUUUCAUUCAGUUUUCACCACUACAUUCCACUCGGCUUGGGUUUGUGGUCAUGGGAAGAGAGGCAGACUCGGUGUUGGCAAGGAGCAGUCAUUAGUGAUCCCAACUGAGAUGUUGACAAAGGGUGAGCAGUGCGAGCAAGCUGCUAUCGCUGUAGACCAUACUCUCAUCCUCCUCUCCAAUGGAUCUGUACUUUCAAGUGGGUCAAACCAAUACCACCAACUCGGGUUGACCCCAUACGUAGAAUCGAGCAACACGCUUAAAUACAUUAACCUAAGAAAUGGUAAGUCAAUAGGCAUAGUCACAGGUAUCGGUGCUGGAAAAUACCACAGUAUCUUUUACAACAGCUGUGGUAUUCUUGUAUGUGGCUUAAAUGCGGGACAACUUGGUGCUAAAAUUGACAAUGACGAUUUCAUCACUAUUCCUUCUCAACUCUCGAUUCAGUUAAAAAAUAAUGUUUCUAUAACUCACGUGGCAACAAGUAAUGGAGCAAUUACAUACGCUUUGAACUCUGGCGACAUUUUUGUUAUUCACCAAUUUCAGUUCAAAAGGAUAGUCUCAAAGCAAAAUAUAAUUAAGUUAUCUUGUAUUGGAGGCCAAUUACACAGUGAUUUUAUCCAGGACAGUGGUGAACAGUUAAAGAUUGCAUUUCUUAAUUCUAAAGGUUCUGUUUUCGUUUGGCAGAAAGAUACAAAUUUGCUGAAGUGCGAGUUUGGUAUUGGUAGGAGCCUUUUGAUCAAGGACAUUCACCUGAACAACAACGGUUUGCUGCUCGUAAGCAAGAGAGGUGAAGCGUACAUCGCUAGCAACAGAGAUGCUAACAAGAGAGGUCCUCAUAUUUCACGGCCGUCGUUUAAAGACGCAAAAUUGUACGAAAAUUUCAAGCCACUUCUGAUGUCUGUCGUAAGGAUCCCAAAUAUUCAUCGAGCUGUCGCUAUUUCAAGUGAUCCUAAAGGAAAUAAUUUUUCCGUGAUACAGACACACCCGUCAAAUGCUUUAAUCGAUGUGCCUAAAGUAAGAAAGAAAGGGUUUGCCAGUGAGCUGAAAAUUUUACUUGAUGAGACAUCAGAGCAAGAUAAUUUACACGACCUGCUGAUAAAUGUCAAAAGAGAGGUGUUUCCUGUGCAUAGGUACAUUCUUGCCUCAAGGGGUUGUUCUUUAGCGUUCCACAAUGAAAAGGUCUUGAAACUUGACAUAGAGCCAAUGAUAUUCAAUGAAUUAUUGCAGUACAUUUACACUGGUGAAUGCAAAUUGACAAAUAUUGAUGAAUGUAGUAAAAGUUUUUUGGGAUUAAAGGAGAAUCCAAUUACUCUGCUUAGGGAGGUUGCUUUAAAUCUUGGUUUAGACACACUAAGCAAACAGCUUGAAAACAUAAAGUACGUGGAUGGAAAAAUAAGUGCAAGUGAUCAUCCCAGGUGCGAAGAUAUAUUUUUUGACAGGAGUCUUUUCCAAGAGUUCUGCGACAUUAAAUUUAUCUCGGAAGACGAACAAGUUUUUCCAGCACACAAAUGCAUUUUGUCAGCGUCCUUGGAAUAUUUCCAGAGGAUGUUUCUAGCAGGAUGGUCUGAGUCUAAAAAUGUACCUUUGAUUCAUUUGGAUUGUUCAGCGUUGGUUGUAAAUCAAUUUCUCCACUAUAUCUACACCAAGGACUUCUCAGAUGUUGUAAAUUCAAUUGAUAUUGAAGGUUUAAUAAGGCUUCUCCAGAUCUCUGAUCAAUACCUUGCCAGCCAAUUAAAGGAGGAAUGCGAAUUUGUACUUUGUACCUUGUUGUCUCUGCGUAACUGCACUUACAUCUUGCAGGUCGCUUAUAAAUACAAUGCUUUUCAGUUGAAAAAAUCAGCUUUCGACUUUAUCGCUCUUAACCUGAAUGCAAUGAUUGAAUCGAGACAGCUUGAAUUGUUAGAGCCUGAGCUGUUGAAAGAACUAAGCGAUCAUUAUAAUGGUCGAAUUAUAGUUGAUUUUCAGAAAAGACGUAUUGUACCUUGCUUAUGUGCUCACUCGGAAGCAUUCCUCUCCUUUGUAAAUAAUUUCCCAGAGGAAUGUUUGGAAUUGCCGAAAUUGGACAACACCACAGGCCUGGAGGGAAAGAACAUCAAAGGAGUAAAUAUACAAAAGAAAAGAACGCACAGAAAAAGUACCUCCAGUACUUCUCCAAAUACAAACGAUACACUAGAACAAAACAUGAGAUGUCAGGUGACGCCUGAAAGCCCAGAACUCUUUGGCGAUGAUUAUUUUAACCUCAAUUUUUUAAGCAUUGACUCUUCACCGCCAAAGCGCAAACAUCUGCCAAAAAGAUUGUUUCCAAAGAUGACCAAAGCCAAGAAAAAGGAUUUACACGAAUUAGAGGAGAAGAAAUCUCCACCUUUAAUCACUCCUUUCAAAGGAUGGGCCGUCAUACCGCCACCUGAAGUAAAUAAGGAACUCAGUAAUAAACUCUUCGAUACACCCAGGAUGUCAAAAGAGGAUGGACCCAGCUUGUCAGAGGUCAUUGCAAUUGAACAGCAGAAGCGUACUAAAUGGCUUCAGAUGAAAGCCAAGCCUUUUCAAUUCACACAGAUGGAAGAUUCAGCAAUUGAUGAUCUAUUAAACUUUUACAAUGCUGAUCAGGUUUUUGAUGAGAGAAUCUCCGUCAGCCGAGUACUGUCAGAAGAAAAAGACAUUCCUCGGCCAAUCUGGAUUCAUUAGAAAAAUUAUAUUUAUUUAUUCGAUAAAUGAGUUACAAAAUGUUAAUAUUUUUAUAUAUAUAA